AUGCCGUCCUCUAGCGCUCCCCGUUUUCUGGCGAAUAUCAUGAAGAAGGAGAAGAAGAAACGGGUCAUCAAGGAAGACAGCGAGGAUGAUGACGACGACGACGAUGGAGUCAACGACAAGACGGGCGUAUUGAGCGAUAGCGACGACGAUGUGCGGAAAACGAGAAGUGGCAACAAGCGCCCCAAACGAGACGACAAGAAAAAGUCAAACAUUCCGCGCAAACAAGACGACACUACUGCUAUAAGCGUUCCGAAAAUCAAAAAGAAGAGGCCGGAAGAAGAAAAAGGCGAUAAGAAGAAGACGUCCAGUAGUUUGAUUCAAAACAUGCAAGCCGCUGAGGCCGCUCCAACUAAGAAGGAACCCAAGAAGGAAUUUCGAAAGGACGACUCCAGCAUCCUCACACCGACGGCUGCUGCUGCUGCUACUACUACUAGUACAAGUGGCUUUCAGAAUCGAGGCAACAAGGAUGCCACCACCAGCAGUCGAGAAUUUGGGAUUGCUGGAAAGAAAGACAACAGCAACAACAAUAGUGCCACCAAAUCAUUUGAUUACAAGGAAUUCAAAAAGGAAGCAUUCAAGAAAGAAGCAUUCAAAAAGGAACAAACAGGAGGAGAACAACUGUCUCUCAAAAUGUCUCCCCGCAGCAACAAACAAGCACCACAGCAACAGCAACCAGACAACCACGAAGCGUUUCCCAAAGUGGCCAGUCCUGCCAUGCCACCGCCCAAACAGCAACAACCACAACAACCCGCGGCCACGCUCGAUUUGAUUGUCAAACCAUCCGAAGCACCCAAACCUGUCAUGACCGAAAAGGGACGCAAGAUGAUGAAAUCACUCGACAAGCUAUGCCAUUCGCUCGCGGACAGUACCCAUUUUCAACUCAUUCUACAUGGCAGCAGUACCACCACCAUAACUAGCGGCAGCAGCGGCCCCCACAUUGAUCUCAGUGGCAUGUUUUCACGAGAUGAAACACAAAUGUACGAUUUCUUUGAUACCAACGACGAGGGCGAUAUUGUCAUGCCACCCAAAAUUCCAAUCUUUCCGGAAGAAUUCCCACCCGGAUUUCAGGGACACUCGUUGCAUUGGUGGGGCAUUGUCGAUCCUGCCGUGGGAGCUCGCAGUAACAACAACAACAAUAAUAAGCAUGGCAAACGAGACGACGAUCGACGACGAGGAGGACGUCGCAGCAGUCCCGGACGAGAGCAGCAUCACAACAACAACCGAAAUAAUAAUAAUAAUUGGGGAUGGGAGGGCAAUCGCCAUGCCGGUUGGGGUGGUGGUCCCCCACCCGACUAUUUCGAUGGAGGAGGAAGACCACGGGGAGACAAUUAUCAUCGCGGAGGACCACCACCCCAGUCUCGAGGAGGAGGAGGAGGACGGGGUCCUAUGGAUCGCGGUGGUGGAGACCGCCGAGGGCCACCGCCGUCGUCACAAGGGCGUCGGUAG